AGCCUCAAUUAGCAACAGCAUCAUUUAGGCACAUGUAGGCUUCAAAUGAGCUUAAAUCAGAGGACGACAUCUUGAGCUCUCGGGGGAGUUCGCAAGACUUCCGUAUUUGUGACAUUCCCUAAUGGCCAAGACAAUCAAGUUGCGGGACAUCACAACUCAACUCAAUGAUUGUGUCUACACCACAGCAAAGUACCCUUUGCUUGUGGAUGCCACUGGCCAAGCAUGCCAAUUUCUCAAGUACCGUAGUCGCUACCUCUCGAUUUUGAAGAAGGGUGACUUCGAAAAAGAGACUUUGAGAAAGGCCCUGGUUCAGGCUCUCCAUAAUGGCGCUUGGUUGGUUCUUGAUUUCGACACCGUGGACUGCGACUUGGAGUCCUAUUUUGAGAAGGACCACUUUCCAGAGCUGGUCUUAUCUCCACACGAGUUGUUCCUUGAGGAGAACUAUACAGCUCUUCUGCGACCCUCAGACGAGUUUGCUGCAAAGGUGACUUAUGAGCACCAAGCUGCGAUGGCAGAGGGGGCCUUUCAGGACAGGACAAAGUGCCAUGCUCCUGAGAGAGUUGCCGACAUCAACAAGAAGUUUGAUCCCAAAGACUCCUUCCGGCUGGUGGUCGCAACGAAGCAGGAGCCUCCAGCCAAGCUGGCGGAGCAGAUGAUCAUUCUAAAGGUGGACGUCUCUGAGGUGGAGGUCAAGGAAAACGCCGGCCGUUGGGGUGGGCAAGAGAAGAAGGAGAAGGAGAAGUCAAAAGAGCAGGUGAAGCUUGAUGACGAUCUCCUGGAGUUUGCUUUCGACGGAGACCUGGAGGCCGUGCAGAAGCUGCUAGAGCAGUCUGCAGAUCCAAAUGCCAAGGAUGGCCGAGGAAACACACCAUUAUCUGAAGCAGCUGUUCAAGGACAUCGAGGGUUGGUCAGGUGCCUCCUGGAUUGGAAGGCUCCGAUUGGGAGCAACCCCAAUUCGCAAGGAAGUGAUGGUCGCACAGCACUUCAUCGAGCGUGUUUUCAGGGGCAUCACGAGGUGGCGCAAUUGCUUCUUGAGCGGGGUAGUGACCCACGGACAAAGGACCGACAUGGGGAGCUCCCCUUUGACAUGGCCAGCAAUGAUGAGACGCGAGCCGUGUUGGAGGCAUGGGACACUGCCAAAACCGAUGCUCUGAAAGAGGAACGUGCAGCAGCACAGGAUGUAGAAGAUGAGAAUAACGUGCGCAACGAAGAGGCCACGUGGCAUGUCAUUGGGAUGACACGGAUCCGUGUGGAGGAGCGGCUUCAGCUGGCCCGUCAAAAGAUCACCGCCAAGCUCUGUGAGCUCACCGAGAAGGGUGAGAAGACUUCACUCCAGACCGAGCUCAUGGACUUGGACCGAAAGGAGGCACAGUCGUACCGAGAUGACAAAGGGAACAAUAUCCUGCACCUGGCAGCUGCAAACGGGCGCCAUGAGAUCGUCUCGAUGCUUCUGGAGGAGUUUGGCUUUGCCGUCAAUCCUCGAGAUUCCAAGGGUUGGACACCGAUCUCCAUUGCCGCCUUUCAUGGUCACAAGAAGGUUUGUCAGGUGCUCAUGGCCAAGAAGGCAGAUCCGAGCAUCGAAAAUGCGUACAGGAAGGACGCUUUCACUGUUGCCAAAGAUGACGAGAUCCGAGAAGUGCUAAAGGGCGUCGAUGCUCCUGCUCAGGCUCCAGUGGCCGCAUCACCGAGUGAAGUCAUGUUGACACCUCCAGGUGGUGAGGAGGACGGCGAAGCUGACAAACCAAAGGCCAAAGCCAAAGGGAAGGCCAAAGCAGCUUCCAAGUCCAGUGGCAAAGCAAAAGCGAAAGCAAAGGGCCGAUAGGUCCCCUCGUCUCACAGUCUCAGGAUGGCAAAGCCAUGAACUUGAA